AUGCUUCCUUAUUGUUUCCUCGUUUUCAUCUGGAUGAGCCAGCUCAUGCUCGCCACCUACGCGGCAAUCGAACCGGAGCUCAUGAUCGACGAGGGCAUCAGCCUCAACCGCGCGGAGACCGUAUCACCCCUUUGGUAUCCGAACGAAAUUAAGGGUAACUUCUUGGAAGAUAUGAAGACAUAUCAGGUCCAGGACAAGAAGCAGCCAUCGUCAUUCUCCUGCUUGACCCGACCUCCUGUGCCCCCGGACUCCGAGAAAGCAGCAAUGUCCUAUUUCAAAAGCCAAUUUAAAACUCUGCAGAAAAUAUCUAUGGACUCAGGCCGACAGGAACAGCAACUUAACCUUGUCAAUCAAGCGGUCAACCAUAUUCUGAGCCACGAAUCCAUCUCUAGGGCAGAUCUGAAGGAAUGGUGCCAAGUACUCACCAAAACCAUGAAGGACCAUCCCACAUUCCUUGAAAUUCAUGUUGAAAUCUUCUUUGCUUUGUACAAUCUCCGUCUGCAAAGAUACAAGGAUGUGGAACUCACAAAGGAAAUCAAAAAAACGAUGAAGGUCACUGUGCCAAAGUUAAGCCACCCAAGUCCCUCAAUCUUAUGGAGCUAUGAGCUCUUCCCCCCCCAUGAGGUUCUCUCGAUUGAUUUGCGUAAUUUCGGAAAGCAACACAUGUUGUACGUGGAACCGAGUUUGAAACAAUUCACUACGCAUAUAUAUGAAGAAUACCGCUUGGAGACUGCACAUCAUCUGCGCCCAGUCUUGCGAAACAUCUUCUCAAAUCCACCUCCAAAAGACAUCUCUGCUCAGACAAGAAUAGUCGCGAUCACCCUGCUCUUUCAUUUGCUGCGCUUGGGCAGGGAUGGAUAUCUACCCUAUGGCCUCGCGGGGGAACUCUUACGGGAACGAGAAAAAUACUUCUUGUUCGAACAUGAACGUCAACUACUAGAAUGGGUGUUGGGUGAUCACGACAAUCGUGAAGGAAAAUUAAAAAAUGUCAAAAUAUAA